GAAAUGUGUCUAUUAAAAAGAACCUGUUAUGCUUUUUUCAACUUUUCUGACCUAUAAAUGUGGUUAGAAUUAUGAAUUAAAAACUUAACUUACCCUAACCCUCAUUUAAGGUAAAUGCAGUGCAGGACUGUGGGUGUGACCAUCAUUUUGUUUGUUUCUUUCGACUUUUUCCAUAUGGAGUCACCGCAGCGGAUCUUUUUGAUACCGAUUUUUGGCUUGAGCCCUUUAUAUUCCGGAUGCCUUUCCUGACGAAUACUUAUGAUGCUUAACAUAUCUUAAAAACAACAUUACAAAUACAAAAGACUACGUAGUAGUUGUAAUUUUCCUCUGCUAAAUUUUUUGGCGGUUGUCAACACUGUGAUUGACAGGGGAUUAGCCAGUGAGGUGAUGCUUUUGCAUUGAAAGGGCCAGGGAGGCAGACAUUUCCUUUUCCGGCACCUCUGCCAACUGCCGCUAGCUUGUCGCUGAUGGUGCACUCUGUCCUGGAGCAGCAUCCACUCUCCCGGUCGUCCCUUCUUCUCUCGCCUCUUCCGAGUGUGUCGACGCUCGGCUCCGCGGUGAGUUCAUCCGCCUCCAGGCAACAUUGUACCCCGAAUCAACACGACAGUUUGGGAGGAUGAACCCUCAGUGUGCCCGCUGCGGGAAGAUCGUGUAUCCCACGGAGAAAGUGAGCUGCUUGGAUAAGAACUGGCACAAAGGAUGCUUCCACUGCGAGGUUUGCAAGAUGACCCUGAACAUGAAGAACUACAAAGGUUACGACAAGAAGCCGUACUGCAACGCGCAUUACCCCAAAACGUCCUUCACCACUGUGACUGACACACCGGAGAACCUGAGACUGAGGCAGCAGAGCGAGCUGCAGAGCCAGGUGAAGUACAAGAAGGACUUUGAGGAGAGCAAAGGUCGGGGGUUCAGCAUCGUGUCCGACACCCCGGAGAUGCAGCGGCUUAGACGCACGCAGGAGCAGAUCAGUAACGUAUGGACAUGCACACACACACACACACACACACACGCACACACACUGUUUGUGUACACAUGUGUCAAAAUGGAUGAGUGA